ACGGCCCAGACCAAGAUGAAGCCGCCAGACCCGUUCGCGAGUUGACGCCCACUUGGCCUCUCCUUCGAGAAAUGGCACUGGAACGGCGGACCAAUCAGGGAGGCCGGAACCGGUGACGCAACAAGGCGUCUCCACGGGGCCGCGAGCGAGCUGCUUCCGGGCUCGUCUUCGUCUGCGUGAGAGCUGCGAAGAUGGCGUCCCCGUGGUUGCCGCUGUUGGUGGUGCUGAUGGGGCUCGGAGUGGCGUGGGGCUCGGCGCACUCGGAGAGAAUUUUGUUGCGAGAAGUCCAAGUCUUGACACUUUACCCUGGCAAGUACACAAAUUAUCGGAGGACAUCUCCAGUCCCUCAGUUGCAGUGCACUGGAGGCUCAGCCGGAUGUGCAGCAUACACUCUAGAUGUUGUCCAGUGUUACAAUAAAGGAUGGGAUGGAUAUGAUGUUCAGUGGGAAUGUAAAGCAAAUAUGGAUGCCUCAUACAAAUUUGGAAAAAUUGAAGUAAGCUGUGAAGGCUAUGAUUACCCAGAUGAUCCUUACAUAUUAAAAGGAUCGUGUGGCCUGGAGUACACAUUAGAAUUAACGAAGGCAGGACAGCAGAAGAGCAGCUUCUUUGGUGGGAGCUACUCUUCCCCAACUUCUCAUGAUUCCUUUGGAUCGGGUGCUGGAGUAGUCCUGAUGAUAUUGUUUGUAGUCUUUGUUUUUGGCGUCUACAAGCUAUUCCUCUGUGAUAACCGCCAGCAACAUGGUUUUGCUUAUGGUGAUGGGGAUUCUGGAACCUAUCAGCAAGGUCCUCAAAGCCCACCUCCGCCGGGAUUUAGAUCAGAUGGCCAGAAUUAUCAAACCCCACCUCCGCCAGGAUUUAAAACAAGUUUUACAGGAGCUUCUAGUGGUUCCAGUUAUGGUUCAAGUUCAGGGCCUGGUUUUUGGACUGGAUUAGGGGCCGGAGGGCUACUGGGAUACCUGGCUGGCUCCCAAAGAUCACCUUCAUAUCGCACAUAUUCACCUUACCAUGAUACAUGGGCCGGUCCAAGUGCUUCAUCUCCUGUAUUUGGCACUUCAAAUACCUCCAAACCAUCUCAUAGUUCAGGGACAAGGUCUACCUCUGGUUUUGGUGGCACAAAAAGGCGAUGAGGUGACCUGAAUCUGUCUCAGCAAGUAAAUAAAAGCAACAUUCUAGCAAUUCUGGACCCAGUUUUAACUCUCCUUGCUGGGUUUGCAAGAGUCUAACUUUGGAUUCAGUUGUGUUUACUUAUAUUCCAUAGGUUUAAAGAGAAGCUGUUUGGCCUAAGUGUACGGACAAUAAAACGGAAAAGGCAAAUGUAGAAAUACGGUUUGAAAUAAAGAAACAUCUCACUCUUUGAUUGGCCCUGCCAGGUGCAACAAGACGAUAGUGGUCCCUAUGCCUUUGACAGUUGUGUGGAAGAAGAGGGAGUUGUGUAACAGGCCAUACCUUCUGAAAUUCUUUAUUCUGCACAGAUGUUAACAGUCUUGUUUUCAGUUGGACUUCUGAAAUGGCCAGAUGCAAUAGGACAUUUCUCGUGAGCUAAUUGGGAUCCAGCACUCAUCAUCCUGUCCUUCUGAAAAUGGAGGGGUGCAUUCCUGAGAAAGUGCAUAAAGGUCUGGAGUACCUUUUCCUUAGGACAGAAGACUGGAGCUCCAGGCUCCUUUCUUUGUGAGAGAAGCUUCUGCUGCACUUUGGAAAGAAGCUUACGACAGAGGUGAAGUUUCAAGGCUGACAGCUGGGGGGGAGUGACCUUUAACAUAGCAUGUGGACUGUUGUUUGUGUAGGAACAUGUAGAGAAGUCCUGGUGUACCUGUAUUCUGAAAACCUGUAUAAUAAGCAGCUGAAGAACAACUUCAUCUUUUAAAAAUACUUCCUUGAAAA